AUGGAAACCCGCAGCCCUGCUUCCACUCGGCAUAAGCCUGCUCCUUACGGUCAUGCCUGUGCUGGCUGCUCCAAAGCAAAAUGCAAGUGCAUAAGCCGUGGGGUUGGUGUGCCUUGUGAGAGAUGCCAUCGCUUGCUCAAGCAAUGCUUGCCCUCCACGGUGGUUCGGAAAGGCCUUUCCAAGCGGAUGGCAAGUCAUCUAGCAAGAGAGCGUGGGAGCGAAAAGCCAAGCAGUCGCAGGGAGGAGCAGGAUUUCAUUCACUCUGUUUCUGAACACACGGACUUGAGACUACCGGCGCCUGGGGAGAACCCGUCCGCCGUACCGCAUCAUGUGGCUACAGAUACUGUUCACGCGCAAUCAUUCGGCGCCAGAAUAUCUUGCGCACCACCAGUACUGCUCAAUAGCCAGCCAGAAUUGUUGAUGACUCCUUCUGCUCCUGCGCUGUCACCGCACCUGGAGCUGUGCCCAGUUGAUGCGGAAGCAGUGUUCAAAACCUUCAAAGAACUCCACCUUAAGUCUUUCCCAUUUAUUCACUUCGAAGACAGUCUUAGGAUAACCGAUCGGAUCCGAGACAGAAAGUUCCUCGGGGUUUGUUCAGGUGUAGCAGCUUCCUUAGUAUUUGACUUGCGUCUCGACCGAGUUGUUGCGCAAGAGAACCCCUACAAAGAAACGGAUAUCGGACGGGCGUACACCUAUCCCGUUCCACAACAGGUACCGUCGCUGGGAAGAACCAACGUAGAACGCCGUGCAGUGCUUGCCUGCUUCUGUAUCUGUACCGCUAUUUCGGAAUUGCUCGAGUCCCCACCGAUGAGGUGGACUUCGGACAUGGAAGCAAGCCUUCAACAUCUCUCUUCUUUUCCGGAAGUCCUUCACGACAGGAUACUUGUUGCCAUUGUCAAGGUAUUUAGAAUCAUUGACGUUGUCAGCGCGGCUUCAACUUCCCGGAAUAUCGAAAUCUAUGCGGAGCGGGACUCACAAUUACCACCCGCCGUCUAUACGUCUUAUCUUGUGAACAGAUUGAAUUCUCUCAAGUCUGAUCUUUCGCAGGACAUUCUUAAUGAAAAAACGAUCAGAUCUUACAUCUCCUAUGCGGAGGCCAGCAUCAAUGACCUCUCUCUACAUCGGCAAGCUAACUCUGCAGAUGGGAACUUAUGGCUUGAUUUCCGAAAGGCUGAGCACCUUCAUGCAUGUCUCAAUGCAUGUCGACAGCAUCUAGAUAAUUGGUCUCAUUUUACCAUCGACGAGCUUUAUUGUAUGAGCAUGCCAGUACAUUGGUACUUCGCCCGUUGCACGCAAAUUUUGUAUCGCUUGUCUCUGAUGAGCGAUCCAUCCUGGGACAAAAGGACGGUCCGCAACGCGAUCGAUCUUCUGGGUGUUAUGGAGGCAACGGCACAACGUUUUCUCGCCACAGCAGAAAUAAAACGAUUGGAUGUAGAUAGCAUUAGCUGGUUUACAAAAGCGGCAAAUGCAUUGAGACAUGCUGCUUCGAUCUGGGGAAAGGCUUUGGCUGACGACGGUUCUUUCGAUGAAUCGAAUGUGGUGACCCAGCAAAGUGGGAGUGUUGAUAGUACCCCGGGCGUGGGAGUGCCAGCUGAUCUCACUUCUGACGAUUGGAUGAUGGAUCUAUGGACUGAGUGGCAGGAAUGA